AUGUCCCGAUCCAGAGAGCGAGGGAAGAUGGCUCAGAUCCUGGGCGGAAGCCUGCUGAUCGUAUCGACCGCGCUUCUCAUCUUCCACAUGCGAUGGACCAGUCUAGCGCCGUCGAGAUCGAGGGCACCGCCCUUCAGGGCCAAUGAGCAUUCCGGCCCGAUGACGGCCUCCAUGCCACAUGACAGUUCCGAGAUCGAUCUGCAUCCAGAGGACCACGUUUAUCGCAGCCCCAAAACUCUCCGACACACCUGGAAUAUCACCUCCGCGCGAUUGUCUCCUGACGGAGUGAGCAAAGACGUGUUCCUCAUCAACGGUCAGUUUCCCGGCCCAACCAUCGAGGCGCGGAGCGGAGACGUGCUUGAGAUAAGGGUCUGGAACCUUCUCGAGAGGGAUGAUGAGCAUGUCUCGAUUCAUUGGCAUGGCCUGUACAUGAGAGGUGCAAAUCAUAUGGAUGGUGCCAGCGCGGUCACCCAAUGUCCCAUCCGACCAGGUACAGCCUUUACUUAUCGCUUCGAACUUGACGCCAGUCAAGAGGGAACAUUUUGGUAUCAUGCCCAUUCGGAUGUGCAACGUGGCGAUGGGCUGUAUGGUGGUCUUGUCGUACAUCGUCCAUCGGAGAAGUCAGACUUGGCUGUCUAUGGAUAUCGCAAGGAGAGCCUGCUUCUGAUCGGCGAUUGGUAUCAUCGGCCAGCCAAGGACAUUCUCGCUUGGUUUAUGGACCCUUUGUUUCAUGGAGCGGAGCCAUGUCCUGACUCGAUGCUGAUCAACGGUCGAGGCCAUUUCGACUGUUCAAUGGCUGUGCCCGCACGCCCUGUCGACUGCCACGCUGUUGGGACACCUUGGCUGCAGUUGGACAAGCAGGAGCGGCAACGGCUUCGUAUAGUCAAUGUUGGCACUUUUACCGGCAUCACGCUCACCAUCCCCGACGCCGAGAUCCAACUGGUUGAGGUCGAUGGUGGCCAAAAAGUCCAGGCAACGGAGACGACCGAUUCAGUCGGUAUCCUUUACCCUGGCGAACGAAUGGAUCUGGUUGUUUCUUGGAGCGAGCUCGGACAACAGCGUCCUUCUCGACUCAUCAUUUCUUUGGACCCAGAAAACUUUCAAACCCCCAACAACGCCCUCACUGCCACUCAAUCCUUUCCCAUCGCCGACGCCAACACCAUACCUUCGGGAGAGAAUGUGACACCAAACACGGAGAGAAAUAUGACCACUCCAUUGAAUCUCGCAACCGUUGGGGGACAAGAGCUCGCUCAGCCGCUUCCAGAACCCAUGGAUUUCAUCGUGCUGUAUAGCGCGAUCCAGAUGUUGUCGCAGCAGAAGGGGAUUCCCCAGGGGUUCCUCAAUCGUACGACCUGGCGCAAGCAGUCCUCACCCAGUCUGCCGUUGUUGACACUCAAGCGUGAAGACUGGGACAAGCAUCAACUGGUGGCUUGGACCGGGCCCAAGGCGGGUUGGGUUGACAUAGUAGUCAACAACCAAGACGGGGCUGGUCAUCCAUUCCAUCUCCACGGAGCAGACUUCUUCGUUCUUUCGUCGUGGCGAGGCCAGUCGAUCAGCGACUAUUAUAAUCCCUGGGACGGUAGACAAACUCCUCGGGGUGACCCGCUAAACACGGUCAACCCUUUGAGGAAGGACACUGUAUAUGUGCCUGCGUUUGGAUAUGUUGUCCUGCGGUUUCUGGCGGACAAUGAAGGGAUUUGGAUGUUCCACUGUCACCUGCUCUGGCACCAGGCCAGUGGCAUGGCCAUGUCCAUACAAGUGAUGGGCGAUGGCGAGCAUGGGUUCAGCAACCACACAUUUGGCGAAGCAGCCCGAGACUAUUGUGUGAGUGAGUCUUGA